AUGUCUAGCGAUUUGGUGAAGGAAACCCUGCUGACAAAGAUGAAGACGCCGUCGGGAUCCUCGGGCAGCAAGGUGACCAUCGUCGGAGCCGGACAAGUCGGCAUGGCCUGUGCCUUCACCAUCAUCACCCAAAUAGCUCUCGUGGACGUCCUGGCGGAUCGUCUUGAGGGCGAAAUGAUGGAUCUUCAGCAUGGACUCACCUUCCUCAAGUACAUGAAGGUUCAGGCUUCCACAGAUUACAGCAUCACGGCCGGAUCGAAGGUCUGUGUGGUGACUGCAGGAUCGAGGCAGAAAGAAGGAGAAUCCAGACUGAAUUUAGUGCAAAGAAACGUGGGGAUCUUCAAGCAAAUCAUACCCCAAUUGGUCAAGUAUAAUCCGGAUGCUAUCAUCCUGGUCGUUAGCAAUCCUGUUGAUCUGUUGACCUGGGUGGCGUGGAAAUUAAGUGGGCUGCCAUCCCACAGAGUGAUCGGAUCGGGAACGAAUCUAGAUUCCUCCCGCUUCCGAGUUCUCAUGAGCGAACGAUUGGGAAUGGCUCCUUCUUCGUGUCAUGGAUGGAUCAUCGGCGAACAUGUGCCUGUUUGGUCGGGCGUGAAUGUUGCCGGGGUUCGACUAUUGGAUCUCAACCCUAAGUUCGGAACCUCUGAAGAUCCUGAUAAAUGGAAUGAAAUUCACAUGGACGUCGUCCAGAGGUCCUCUCCACCUCCUCCCUCCCUGCUGCUCGAUCAACUCGAUGCCUUAAAUGCAAUUUCCUCGUAUUUCAGUGCUUACAAGAUAAUCCAGCUGAAGGGCUAUACAUCGUGGGGAAUCGGGGUCUCGGUGGGAGUGAUAUGCCAGGCCAUUCUCUCCAACGGUUUCCAUGGGAUCCAGGAAGAGGUGUUCCUUUCCUUGCCCUGCGUUGUAGGGGAAAAUGGCAUCAACUAUGUCGUGAAACAAACCUUAACUGAAGACGAGAGGAAUAAACUUCAAGAAUCCGUGAGAACCAUCGACGACAUCCAGAAGAAACUCAAGCUUUAA